AUGAAGGGCCUCCUCAUUCUGGCUUGCUUCCUGGUUUGUAGUGUGCCUGCUGUCCUGGGAGGCCUGCUAGAGCUGAAGUCAAUGAUCGAGCGGGUGACGGGAAAGAACGCCCUGAUCGAGUACGGCUCCUACGGCUGUUACUGUGGCUUGGGCGGUCACGGGAAACCCAGGGAUCGUACCGAUUGGUGCUGCUGGGCGCAUGACAACUGCUAUGGGCUGCUGCAGAAGAAAGGCUGCAACACCUGGAUGCAGUAUUACAAAUACAGAUUCUCACGGGGCAUGGCCGUCUGUGAGCCCGGGCCCCGCUGCCAGGUGCAGCUCUGCGACUGUGACCGGAAGCUCGUCUACUGCCUGAAGAAAAACCUGAGGAGCUACAACCCUAAUUACAGACACUUUCUCAGAAUCUUCUGCACCUACUGA